AUGAACAACUUCGAAAAGGCCUCACUACGUGUUGAUCCAACAAGCACGAAACUGCCGCCGAGCUCCGCGCUGGUCGACCUCAAGGACCCGAUUCAAGUCCAUCUGUUGACGGAGACGGCGCUGACAGACAGCAAACAAUACCGCAUAUUGUCCCAGGAAGAGGUGGAUGGUCUCAAGAAACAAAUUCAAUCAUUGGCGUUACGAGUCGAACAAACACGCGCGAACCUCGCGAUCCAGACAAAGUAUCGAGAUGCCGCCGUUUCCAUGGCCAAACUCUACACACAGCCCGAGGCUAGUAAAAGGAGGAGCUUGAUGGGCAGCAACCGCAACAGCAUGGGAGAAUCCUUGCGAGAGGCUGAAGCAGAGCGGCAGGCGAGCGAAAAACGGGUCCAAGAGCUGUCGAGCGAGCUACGGAAUCUCGAGCAGCGUCUGAUGGAAUCGCAAAGAGGCCUGCUGGAGCACACGGCUGGUAUCCUUCAGCUGACGCAUAGGGCUUCCAAGAAGCCAGCUAGUCAGCUGCCCGCGCAGCUGAUGAAUGGAAUACCUGGAAGCCCAGAGAGCUUGUACACCUACUCAAACGGUCGCAAUAGUUUGGAGGCGGUGGGAAACGGCUCCUUCGACGAAGACGGUUCCUACCAGAACCUCAACGACGAACCUCUCUCUCGCGGGCAACCGAAAGUCAGCCCACUUAAUAUUCCAUCCAAGGCACCAGCCCGAGAGCAAGAAACCCAGCUGCGACAGGAGGCCGAGAAGCUGAGGGAAGAAAACGCCAAGCUACGCGCGCAAGCUGACGCGUUGGCAAGUCUGCAGGAGGAGAACGCCCAGCUCCAAGCGCAAACCGACGUCUUGAGCGGCGAGAUCGAUGCUCUCAAGAGAGAGAACGCACAACGCUUACAGUCCGUCUCCGAUACCGAGCGGAAACUUACGACACUCAACAACUCUCUACGAGAGGUAAUUGUAAAUUUUAAUCCUACCAAGAACGGAGGCUUCCGUGAGCCUCCCUCAAUACCAGCCGACGGACCAGCGAAGCCUGGCACAACCUUGGCCGGUCAGUUUGAAUAUCUGGAGGCUGGCCUGUCGGCAGUGCGGCAGGAGCAAGAGCUCCAAGGGCAGUCCUCUGGCGAUCUCCAAGAGGCGGAGGUUGCUGCAGCCCAGGCGUCUGUCGCCCUUUCGCAGGCGGAAAACCGCAUCGACGAUUUGAACCAGCAGCUGCGGGACAUCCUUGUCGCAGUCGACCCCAGCUAUCCCGAGGUGCCAAAUUCUGGUCUUGACGGCCAGUUCGGCUGGCUUCAGCGUGCUUUGUCUGUUGUGGAGGAGGAAAUGAAGAAGACGGCCACCCAGUCGGCUGUCAAGAAACAAGACGAUGAGCAGGUCGAGGCUGUGCUGAUGGGCUUGUGGGAGAUCGUCCAGACGGGCUUCGCAACCAUUCAAAAGCAAAAGGCGGACCGUCGCCGCACGCGGAUGGAGCAGGGCGUGUCCGAUAACGAUGACGACAUGUCAGGCGAUGAAGCUGUCGACACCACGGAGCCGUACUCGUUGUCCGCGUUCUCGACCAAGGUGCAGUGGCUCUACAGCCAGGCUACUAGCCUGAAGGAGCAGAAAUCGGUCCUGAAGCGCCAGAUCAAGCAGCAACGCGAGUUGAAUAACAAGUCGGACUCGCAGAAGGAUGAAGAGUUGAGGGCAAAGCAAGACCAGCUCGAACAGCUGCGGGCAGCCCAGAUGCGCUCCGAGGAGGAGAAGGCUCUCGAGUUGACGCUCAAGCAGGAUCAGCUGGAUCAGCUUAGGUCGCUGCUCGAACGGUCUGAGGAAGAAGCGGCCGAGGCCCAAGAGAAGCUGGUCAAGGCCCAAAAGGAGGCGGAGGCCGCGUCGACUAUGCGCAUGGCCAACGAGUCCAGUGCUGCCAGAACGCAAAACGACAUCAAGGAGCGCGACGCCAAGAUCGCCUCUCUGGAAGCGAGCACCAAGGAGGCAAGAGCCACGCUUGCGAGCCUCAACACAAACGUUCAAGAGAUGAGCGACAAGCUGAGCAGGGCCAAUGAGGAGAUCGCACUCCUGACAAGCAAGCUGGCGGGAGCGGAGAAGGCGGCAGUCGAGAAGCAGCAAGAGGCUGCAGCCAAGGACAAGGAGGUCAAGGAGAAGGAGGAGGAACUCGAGCGCUUCAAUAUGAUGAUUGUCGAGCUGAAGACGGAGCUGACCAUCGCGCAAGCCGAGCUCGACGGCGCAUACGGCUCCCGUAAGGAGAGGGCCAACCAGGCCGCGGCUGUUAAGAGCACUGUCGAGGUCACGCAGCUCAAGGCGGAGGUCGACCGGCUCAAGGAGGAGCUCAGCUCGACCCUCAAGGAGCUGGAGAACAUCACAGCCGAGACGAUCAACGCCGAGCGGGAGAAGUUUGAGGUCGAGAGCAAGCUCGAUGACGCGCUCGCCGUCAAGUCGAACCUCGAGGGCGAGAUCAGCUCGCUCAAGGACCAGCUCGAUGCCGAGGUCGACAACACGCGGACCAAGAUAGCCAAGCUGCAGGAGGAGCUCGACAACGAGCGGCUCAAGGUGACGCCCGGCACCGGCGCCCGCGGGGCUGGUGCGUCGAUGCUCAGCGAGCAGUUCCGUGCCACGAUGAGGGAAGAGAGGAAGAAGUUCCAAGAGGAUCUCAGGGAGGAGCAAGGCAAGAGGAGAAAACUCGAAGAGGAGCUGCAGAAGCUCAGGAAGUCUCAGGGGCCCGGGCGGAGUCCCCUGAGCCCCCGGUGA